AUGACGGUUUUCAUUGCCUCGCUGUAUGUAACAUCUCCCGCUUCUCGCUCAGCACCACCUCACAUCCAGCCAUCCAGUUUUCUCCCAUACACCAUUGACUUCGAAUAUUCCGGUCGGAUUGGCAGGCGUCAGCGGAAACCUUCACCCAGCUAUUCUGCUGUGGACAACUCAGGCCUCGGCCCUAUAGAUGGGCGACAGCCCGAUCCUCGGCGCAAGCUUCGCCUCAGAUCUAGCAGCUUGUCACUGACCCCCGGAGCGACAACUGAUGAUGAGAAGAUCUUCAAGGGCUACGACUCACAAUCCGCAGGCGAAAUCCUCACAGCCGAUGAUCCAGUCGGACCCGGGCCCAAUGAGCCUCGGGCUGUACCAUGGGGCCACAGUCGCAAAUUCAACCAGCCCCGUUCAAAGGCAACAUUUUCCCCCCAGCCAUCUAUUCUAAGUCGUCCAUGCUCACACCAGGAGUCCCGAGACUCUUUCCUAGAUGGCGCGCCCGGUAUUAUGAGCAAGCCUCCAUUUGGAAGCCCUCGGGCACUUCUGGCGGAUGAUGAUUGGGCUGUCAAGGCUGCUGAACAAGGUCACGGUGGUCUUCAGAAUGCCAUCCAUGCCGCAGAGGAGGCGGGCAUCUUGCAGGAUAAAAUGUGGGUAGGAACACUGGGCAUGCCAACCGAUUCCCUCAAGCCGAAGACUCGGAAGAUCAUCGAGGAAACCCUAAGAGAAGAAUUUGAAUCGCUAAGCGUAUUCGUCAGCGACAGUGAGUUCGAAGGUCAUUAUGCCCAUUUUUGUCGAGCCGUACUUUGGCCUGCUCUGAAUUAUCAGAUGCAAGAGAGUCCUCGACACACGGAGUAUGAUGAUUACUCUUGGAGGCAGUAUCUCCGGGUCAACGAGGCGUUUGCUGAUACGAUAGCAAGUAACUGGCGGCCUGGAGACUGCAUCUGGAUACAUGACUAUCACCUACUAACCCUACCCGGUUUGCUGAGAAAGAGAUUGCCCACCGCGGAGAUCGGAUUCUUCUUGCAUGCGGCAUUCCCUUCCUCGGAAGUCUUCCGCUGCUUGAAUUCCCGGGAGGCCCUAUUAGAUGGACUUCUUGGUGCAGAUCUAAUUGGGUUCCAAACAGAGGAAUACUGUCAUCAUUUUCUUCAUUCUUGCAGUCGGCUUCGGAGACUGGAGGUUUCGGCCAAUGGAGUUCAAGUCAAUAACCGCUUUGUGCAUGUCAAGAGCCAACCGCUAGGUAUCGACUAUGAGUCUCUUAAUCUGCUGCGUCAGUCCAUCGAAGUCAAGGCUUGGAUUUCGAGUAUUGCUCAGAGGUACAAGGGAAACAUUUGA